AUGUUCGUAGGAAUAUUAGUGAAUGCAAGUGAACAAGAGAGACUUGAUGGUGGAGAUGAAGAUUUAGCAAGUUCAUUCAGAAAUGAGUUGCCUACAUUCGAUCUUAUGACAAAAGAUACGGAUGCUAAAAAAGAUUUCGAAAGAUAUCGCUUCUUAGAUAUCGCGGAGCCUUUAAUGCCCCAGAUCAUGAAAGCACAUUGGACAAAGGACUUUUACUUGGACCAAGUUCAUCGCCCUCGUCAUUGUUCCAAAGGUGCUCGAGUUUAUGCAAAUCCCAUAAUGGACUUAUUUUUUUCAAGGGUUCCGUGGUGGGCUAUUGUAUUAUACUCACCUAUUGGAAUUGUGACGUUCAUUGCUGGAAAAAGAGCAUUGGUCGAAUUGGGUGCUUCUCACGACAUUUACAAGUAUUUCAUAUUGGGUAUGGGCAUUUGGACGAUUGGGGAGUAUAUUCUUCACAGAUUUGUUUUCCAUAUGGAUAGAUAUUUACCUGAUUAUAACCAAGUAUUGUUCGCAUUACAUUUUGCAAUCCAUGGCGUCCAUCAUUUUUUGCCUAUGGACCCUGAAAGAAUCGCUGCACCUCCACCAAUGGUUUUGCUUUUAAACUUUUUAGAAUGGUAUAUAUUGUACAUGACUUUUGGUCCAGCCUAUGGAAAUAUUAUAUUCGCAGGUAGUUUCACAAACUUCUUGUGGUAUGAAGAAUUUCACAUCUCAUUGCAUACUAAUCCUGAGUUCUAUCAAUUUUGGACAGGUUGGUGGUCCCAUCAUACUGAAAUGAAGAGGUAUCACUUGCAACAUCAUUAUAAGAAUUACGAUUGGGGUUUUGGUGUAACUUCUAAGAUUUGGGAUUAUGCAUUCAAAACUGUAUUGGACUCUGAAGAUGAAAACCAGGUGCACUCAAAAUAG